GUGUUUGCUAACUUAACUUUUUCUUUGUUUCAGAUUGAAGUGAGUGAAUUCAGAUAUAUAACCAAACCUCGUUAGAGAGCCUUUAAAAAAAUAAAAAGUUGAUUCGGUGCAUGAGAGCAAGUUACUGCUGCUUACUAUUCAGAGACUUACAGGUGCUUGCCUGCAUUGCAAUAAAGGACUCAAUAUUGAGCAAGACUUAUAUUUAUCUCUUCAUUUUGGAGAGCCUAAUAAACUGUAUUACAGUUUCUCUACUGACUUUCAAAAGUUUUGAAGUUUGGAAGAGACAUCUGUACAUUUAAUACAGCAUGAGCACGGCCAGAACAGAGAACCCUGUUAUAAUGGGUCUGUCCAGUCAAAAUGGUCAGCUGAGGGGCCCUGUGAAGCCCAGUGGUGGCCCCGGAGGAGGGGGCACACCAACACAGCAACAGAUGAACCAACUGAAAAACACCAACACAAUCAAUAAUGGCACUCAGCAGCAAGCACAGAGUAUGACCACCACUAUUAAACCUGGUGAUGACUGGAAAAAGACUUUAAAACUCCCUCCAAAGGAUCUAAGAAUCAAAACUUCGGAUGUAACCUCCACAAAAGGAAAUGAGUUUGAAGAUUACUGUUUAAAGCGGGAGUUACUGAUGGGAAUUUUUGAAAUGGGCUGGGAAAAGCCAUCUCCUAUUCAGGAGGAGAGCAUUCCCAUCGCUUUAUCUGGUAGGGAUAUCUUAGCUAGAGCAAAAAAUGGAACGGGCAAGAGUGGUGCCUACCUCAUUCCCUUACUUGAACGGCUAGACCUGAAGAAGGACAAUAUACAAGCAAUGGUGAUUGUUCCUACAAGAGAACUUGCUCUACAGGUCAGUCAAAUUUGCAUCCAGGUCAGCAAACACAUGGGAGGGGCCAAAGUGAUGGCAACCACAGGAGGAACCAAUUUACGUGAUGACAUAAUGAGGCUUGAUGAUACAGUGCACGUGGUAAUAGCUACCCCUGGGAGAAUCCUGGAUCUUAUCAAGAAAGGAGUAGCAAAAGUUGAUCAUGUCCAGAUGAUAGUAUUGGAUGAGGCAGAUAAGUUGCUGUCACAGGAUUUUGUGCAAAUAAUGGAGGAUAUUAUUCUCACGCUACCUAAAAACAGACAGAUUUUAUUGUAUUCCGCUACUUUCCCUCUUAGUGUACAGAAGUUCAUGAAUUCCCAUUUGCAGAAACCCUAUGAGAUUAACCUGAUGGAGGAAUUAACUUUGAAGGGAGUAACCCAGUACUACGCAUAUGUAACUGAGCGCCAAAAAGUACACUGCCUCAACACACUUUUCUCCAGGCUUCAGAUAAACCAGUCGAUCAUUUUCUGUAACUCCUCUCAGCGAGUUGAAUUGCUAGCCAAGAAGAUUUCUCAACUGGGUUAUUCUUGCUUCUAUAUCCAUGCUAAAAUGAGGCAGGAACAUCGAAAUCGUGUCUUUCAUGAUUUCCGAAAUGGCUUAUGCCGCAAUCUUGUUUGCACUGAUUUGUUUACCCGAGGUAUUGAUAUACAAGCUGUGAAUGUGGUAAUAAACUUUGACUUCCCAAAGCUGGCAGAGACCUAUCUCCAUCGCAUUGGAAGAUCAGGUCGCUUUGGUCAUCUUGGCUUAGCUAUCAACUUGAUCACAUAUGAUGAUCGCUUCAACCUGAAAAGUAUUGAGGAGCAGCUGGGAACAGAAAUUAAACCUAUCCCAAGCAACAUUGACAAGAGCCUAUAUGUGGCGGAAUACCACAGCGAGCCUGUAGAAGAUGAUAAACCAUAACAAGCAUGUGCGUACCUACAGAAUAGCUAAGCUUUGACAAACUAAAGAAGGCUUGCUUGGAUCUGUGACACAUCAUUUUGGGGGGGAUGCUCUUCUCUUGUGGGUUUUUCAUCUUUUAUUUUGGAACUAUGAAGAUUUAAAAGAACUCAGACAUUUUUUUCUUUUUUAACUGGUGAAGAGAAAAAAGCUGAAAAGAAGGAAUUUACCUUUUUUGUUCCACUUGUUUGCACUGUGUGCUGACUGAACAUUAGUUGCACUAACUGCUGGAUUUUUAAAAAUGUUUUCUGGGGAAAAGGGGGACAAGGAAGGAGGAGAAAGAAGAGAAGGGAGAAACCCUAAAAAGAGAAGAAUCUUGAUGAACACACAAGCUUGUCUAUUAUUUCCGAAUUCUGCAACAGCUGACUCUUGUGCAUUUCAACUUCUCCCUGAUGACUCAUCCGUUUUUUAAGCCUGAAGAGCUUAUUACUUAUUUGUGCGAAGUGCCUUAUGCUAUGAGACCAUUCAGAAUAUCAUCUUUUAGACACAGCCCAAGGAAUCAACAAUAGUAAUUCUUUCCUUUUAUUUCUUUUUAAAAUUUUUUAUUUCAUUUUGGUUUCACGUUGAAGUCUCUCUCUUCCCUUUCUACCCAGUACUCAAGCCCAGGGCUGAAAGAUGAAACCUAUUAGUAAUGUUAAACACCAUUUUUUUUCUUUAAGUGGAGGAGUUGAUAUGCAACUGCAGUUCAUCCGCACUGUAAAUACAUGUAUUUAAGAAACAACCACACAAUCCCAAGUAAAAAUUUCUUCUGGGCUGA